AUGGCGGCGCAGCUCUUUGAGCAUCUCCCCAAGCUCCAGGUGAUGAUCCGCCAUUCCUGCCAGUAUGCGGUUUGGCCGGCCGAGCUGGAGUAUCACCUGAAGCAGCAGCAUCAGCUCCCCCAUCCCACCGUUCAGGGGAUCAUCCAGGUGAUCCAGCAAUGGGAGCAUCUGGCGCCAAUCCAUCAGUCCAUCCGCCUGCCCCGCGUACUUGAUCAGCCACUGCCCAUCGUCCUAUCGAUGAUGAACUCCAUGCGGAAACACUGGCGUACCCUUUUGGGAAUCCGUUUUACCUGGAAAGACGGGUCUAUUCAGUUAGACCAGGAAACCUACACCAGACAGAUUCUGGAGGAGUUUGGAAUGGCUGAUUGCAAACCUGCAAGUUCACCGCUGAGCCCAAGCAUCAAAUUAGACUCAGAUAGCCCACGUCUAGACCGUCAAGAUCACAAGGUAUUCCGCAGAUUGAUUGGAAGAAUGAUGUUUUUGGUGACAGGCACACGCCCAGAUGUUACAUUUACAGUCAAUCAAUUAUCCCAGUAUCUUGCGGAACCAGGAAAGGUUCAUCUUGCUGCGGCCAAGCAUGUGUUUCGGUACUUGAAAGGCUCUAUAGACUAUGGGUUAGUCUAUGGUACAAAGGGGAGUCAGAAGAGAGGACUUAUUGCUUACUCGGAUUCUGCAUACGCCAAUUCGAAGGAAAACAAGUCUACUACCGGUUUUAUCUUUAUGAUAGAUGAUUCACCCAUCUGCUGGAAUAGCCGAAAGCAGUCGGUAACAGCUCAGAGCUCUACAGAAGCCGAAUAUAUCGCGGCUUCCGAAGCUGCUAAACAGGCGAUUUGGUGUCGGCACUUUCUAUAUGCAAUUAGGAAGGAGGCUAUAUGUCGUCGAGCUCCAACUAUCAUCUUUAAAGAUAACCAGGGAGCGAUCAAGAUUGCUGACAAUCCUGUCAAUCACCCAAAGACCAAGCAUAUUGCAGUGCGAUACCAUGCGAUUCGGGACCAUGUCAAUAAUGGAGAGAUACAGCUUGAAUAUCUCCCUACCGAUCAAAUGGUUGCAGACGGUUUGACAAAGACUACCAAUAAGAUUAGCCAGGCUCGAUUGGCUAAAGGUUUAGGCCUCAUCAAGACUGGUGAGGAUGGUUAG